AUGUUUUUGGCCAUUGUCUGCGAAGUGGGAUCUAAUUACUGGAUAAACGUGUGGACAUCUGGUAACCACUCUUUGUCGGACACAUCCGGCGACACCAACAACAACAACGGCUACUUCUUAGGCAUAUAUGUGUCGGCAAUAGUAUUGUACGCAAUCUUCACACUGGGCUCGACAUUGCUCUAUAGGGUAGGUCUGGUGCGGGUGUCGGCGCUCAUACACAGCGAUCUAUUAAAUAGCGUAAUGCGAACUCCGCUCUCAUUUUUUGACGUCACCCCAACCGGGCGUAUAAUAAACCGAUUCAAUCGAGAUAUCGAGAUGAUUGGCUUGCUUUUACCAUGGUUUAUGUACGCCACUAUUCUCUAUGGCAUGCAGGCCAUCACAAUCAUGGCUGUUAUUGUCUACACCAUACCCAUUAUCAUUGUUAUGAUAGUGAUUGUGGCCAUAGUGUUUGCCAUACUUUACCGGAUUUCAUUGUGGACCACAAGACAACUGAAUCGUAUGAAUUCAAUCACUCGAUCGCCAAUCUAUAGCCACUUUAACGAGAGUAUCGCCGGCGCCGUCUCUAUCCGGGCCUACAAAACAGGCCAUACGUUCACCAAAACACUGCAAAAAUUUAUCGAUACUAACCUUAAUGUCCAGAAGCAUACAGUGGCGGCCAACAUGUGUGUCAGUAUUUGGACGGCGAUUAUCGGCUCAUUCAUUACAUUCUCGGCGGCGCUGUUUGUGGUGCUGAAGAGGGAGGACAUGACACCGGGUUUGGCCGGCUUUGUGCUCAUCUACUCGUUUGAGAUCAUAACCAGUAUCUCAUGGGCGCUGAGGUUUGUGUCCGAAACCGAGACCGAAAUGGUGUGCGUCGAGAGAAUCCGCGAAUAUUCACAAUUAGAGCCCGAAUUCAGUUGGGAUUCGCCGCCCGAGAGCAAACCGCCCGACGGCUGGCCAUUGCAACCGAGCGUUGAGUUUAUUGACUACACGGCUGCCUAUCGACCCGGACUCCAGCCGGUGCUCAAAGGACUCAACUUUAAGCUGGAGGCCGGCGAAAGGGUGGGUAUCGUUGGCCGCACGGGCGCCGGCAAGUCGUCCAUGACUUUGGCGAUGUUCCGCAUCAUUGAGCCGACGACCGGCCGCAUAGUCAUUGACGGCGUGGAUGUGACCCGAAUUGGUUUACACGACUUGCGCUCAAAGUUAACAAUUAUACCGCAAGAGCCGAACCUAUUCGCCGGCACUCUUCGGCUUAAUUUGGAUCCGUUUGACAACUAUAGCGAUCAACAAUUGUGGACAGCGCUGGAGAGGGCGCACCUGAAGGACUUCAUCGCCGGCACAGCGGACGGCCUGUCGUACGAGAUCGCCGAAAGUGGUGACAAUCUGAGCGCAGGUCAGCGCCAAUUGGUAUGUCUGGCUCGCGCUCUACUGCGGGACACAAAGAUCCUGGUGCUGGACGAGGCCACUGCUGCCUGCGAUCUCGAGACUGAUUCGCUGAUUCAGUCCACGAUUAGGGAUGAGUUCACCGGCAGUACUGUAUUGACAAUCGCUCACCGAUUGAAUACAGUCUUGGAUUACAAUCGGGUUAUAGUCUUAGAUAAGGGAGUGAUUGUCGAAACCGAUUCGCCCAACAAUUUGCUCCAAAACCCCGAUUCAGUCUUCUAUGGUUUGGCCAAAGAGUUUGGUAUUGUUUGA